AUGGCUGUGUCGUCUCCGCGACGCGUCGCGUGCCUGGCGCUAGGCCUCCUCGCAAGCCUCGCCGACGCCACGGUGAGCGCCUCAUCAGCCCGGCAGGAUCUUCAAACCCAGGGGCGCACUGCCGCUGGAUGCCCCGAUUACAACACAUAUGCGAAGCAGCCGCACGCACCAUACUCGAAUGGAUCCCUCAAACUUCCUUAUAUGAGACCAAGUGAUGAGUGCCGGACUUUCAAGAGCCCGGCUGUCGAGAAAGUCAUUGAGGAUAUGAAAGCGCGUCUCGAGAACCCAGAUCUGGCGCGCCUCUUCGAGAAUACAUUCCCUUCCACUCUCGACACCACUGUCAAAUAUUUUGACCCGAGCGCGAACCUAGCAUUUAUCAUUACUGGUGAUAUCACUGCGCAAUGGCUGCGAGAUACUGGCAACCAGUUUGCUCACCUGUACAAACUACUGCCACAAGAUGAGAAUUUAAAGAACCUUGUCAAAGCGGUAAUCAACACGGAAGCGCGAUACAUUUACCAGUUCCCAUAUUGCGGUGCCUUCCAGCCUCCGCCCGAAAGUGGCCUACCACCGAGUCACAACGAUUAUGCUGACAAUGUCCGGAUCAACCCCCCAGUUGACAACCAAACAGUCUUUGAGUGCAAAUAUGAAUUGGAUUCUCUCGCAGGCUUUCUCAAGAUUAGUCGCUCCUACUAUGAGAAUACGCAGGACUCCUCCUUUUCUGAAAGCUCUUGGUCGGAUGACUGGAAGUUUGUCAGCUACUACAACUGGACUGGCACUUCAGGCUCCUUGUCACCGCCUGUGCCCAACGGAGGCAACGGCGAGCCAAAACGUGCCAAUAAUCUUGUCGCAUCGAGCCACCGUCCAUCGGAUGACCUCUGCGUAUUCAACUUUAUCACAUCGGACAAUGCCAUGAUAUCAGUAGAGCUCGCUCUCGUGGCGGACGUGCUGGACAAGAUUGGCGCCGAAAAGAAGAUGGCGUCUCAGGCGCGACACUUCUCUGGCAUCAUCAAAAAGGCCAUCUGGGAAAAUACCCGCACCAGCGACGGCAUUUUUGCAUAUGAGACCAACGGGUAUGGCGGAAUGUACAUCAUGGAUGACGCCAAUGUCCCCAGCUUGCUAUCGCUCCCGUAUCUCGGUUUCUUGCCCCGUAAUGAUUCGACUUAUAUCAAGACGAAGGAUGCGAUGCUGUCGCGCCUGAACCCGUACUACGCCGAGGGCAAAAAGUUUAAAGGUGUUGGAGGUCCUCACGUCAACGCUACCUAUCCGUGGCCCAUGUCGCAAAUAUCGGCAAUUUUUGGCACAGACGAUGACGGUGAGAUUGUUGAGCGUUUGGCACUCAUCAUGGAAAACACAUCCGGCCUUGGCCUCAUUCACGAGAGCAUCAACAUUUACAACGCGAGCGACUACAGUCGUCCUUGGUUCGCCUGGGCCAACAGCUACUUUGCUGAAUUGGUGCUCGAUUUGGCAGAGCGUAAGCCAGGCCUCAUUUUCAGGAAGAAUGAGUCAUACGUAAUUGGACAGUAG